AUGAAGGUAGCUGUCAUCGGCGGUGGUCCAGCUGGACUAGCUACCCUUAGAUUCCUUGCUCAUGCCCACGAGUACUUCCCCAUUCCUCCUAUCGAGGUCCGACUUUUUGAAGUUGAGUCCCAAAUCGGAGGCACUUUCUCCUAUCGCGUCUACGAAGACGCUGAGCUCGUCUCUUCAAAGUAUCUGACUGCUUUCUCCGACUUUCGUCUUCCAGACAAUGCCCCCGACUUCGUUACUCCUGAAGUCUACGUCCAGUAUCUCAAGGACUACGCCACCAACUUCUCCCUCUGGCCUAUGAUCGAGCGUAACACAAAGGCUGACAAAGUUCGUCGUGGACCUAACAACAUUGGUCAUGUCAUCUCUCUGCUCAACAAGCGUGGUGCCUUUGAUUGGGAGUGUGAUGCCGUUGCUGUCUGCAGUGGAAUCAACGUCAACCCAGUCAUGCCCUACAUCGAGGGUAUCGAACGAGUUCCCACGAUCCUUCACUCAUCCCGUCUGAAGUCUCGAGAUCAGUUUGGUGAAAACACUAAUGUGUACAUCAUGGGUGCUGGUGAGACCGGUAUGGAUCUUGCGUAUCUCGCUGUCACUUCUGGCGCAAAGACUGUGACUAUCUGCCAUCGCGAUGGAUUCUUUUGUGCACCUAGGAUCAUCCCUAUUCCCCAAGCCUUGGGACGUCCCACAUCCACUGCCAAUAAGCCUGUCGACACCUCUGUCGCCAGCUUGUUCGACACAGCCUAUGUGCAUCCAAAGCUCCAGAAGAGCCAGCUUCUCUGGAAUUACUAUGACAGCUGGAUCAAGAACAUGCAUAAAUUCAUCUCAGGCACUGAAGAGGGUCCUGAUCAGUGGGUUGGCCAGAUGAGCCCAACUCGCAAGUACAUGGAUUCAAUUCUCCUCUGCAAGUCCGACAAGGCUCUGCCAUACAUGAGCGUCGGCAAGCGAUCCCAGUCAUGGGGCAACCGUAUCCGAUCUUUCUUCAUAAAUGUCAAGAUUGAAGAUACUAAGGGCAAGAAGAUCGACGUGAUGACCUGGCCCAUGAGCAUCGAUCGAGAUGGCUGCAUGCAGUUCGACAACAAGCUUCCGAGUGAUUCGAUCCUCCCAAAGGAGCAGCUCAAGCCAGAUGUCUUGGUCUUUGCGACUGGCUACACUCGAGAUUUCCCUUUCCUGGACAACGAGUACCCAACUGUCUCUCAGACCAACAUUCGAGAGAUCUACAAAGAAGGAGAUGUGACUCUUGGCUACAUUGGAUUUGUCCGCCCUUCUAUUGGGGCAAUCCCACCUCUCGCCGAGCUACAGGCUCAGCUGUGGGUUCUUCACCUGCUCCAGCACCAGUACCCUAAGGAGGUGCCUGCGGUCCGUGACUUCAAUGCCCUCGAGUCCUACGACCUCGACUAUCGUCUUCACCCACGAGGUAACUACAGUUUCUAUGAAACCAAGCGAGCUGUUGACCAUGAGAGUUAUGCUUACCAGCUCGCUCUUGAUAUCGGUUCUGCACCCAAGGCCCUUUCGGUCAUGAAGAAGGGUUGGAAGGUGUUCUACACCUGGGCCAUGGGAUCCAACUUCAACACCAAGUUCCGAAUGGUCGGCCCCUGGAAGUGGGAGCAGGGCGCUGAGAACAUCAUGCGAAACGAGUUGUACAACAUCGUCAAGCGCUCCGACGGCUUUGUCUAUCUUGCGACCUACACUCUUGUACCUCUCAUUCUUUUCGGAAGCAUGAGCUUGGUCCUCUAUGCUUGGUACGCUAUCUGCGACUUUAUCGCCUCUCCUUUUGUAAGUUUUCUUGCCUCCCCUUGCUGCCGAGAUCUCGGUGAAGAUCGGAGUGUGGGGGCCGUGGCGGGGCUCACCGAGUAUGGCUCAUUCCCAACAAAUCUGAUCAUCAACCGUCCGUACCACUUCACAUACGAGGUCCAAGACAAGCGCGAAGGCGAGACAUUUGCGCGUCUCCGCGUCGUAUCCGCUAAAGAGCUCAAUGCCGACGACUUGGCCGACACCAGCGCCGAAGCGACAGAACCAGCCGAGGGAGACGAUGUUGUUGCAGCUGCAGAUGGAGAGGAGCUCACCCUCGUCGACGAGAGCGGAAAGGUUCUCAUCCGAUCGAAUCGCGAGAUCAUCGACGACUCGGCCCGACAGACACUCAAGCCGGAAGAGAUUGAGGAGCUCAAGCGCAAGGGCGCAUCGGCAGGCAAGGAGCUCAUCGCCAAGCUACUGCUGUCGCAUACGGCUAUUGACCAAAAGACGGCGUAUUCUCUGGCCAAGUAUAAGCUCCUCAAGACGAAAAAGUAUAUUCGACGGUUUACGGUGUUACCCCUUGACGUGCCGAUGCUAGCGCAAUGGUUGCUGGAGGAUCGCGAUGCUUCAAAGAUUCUGGAGAUGAGGCAGGAGAUGAUGGCGCUGGUCGGUUGCUGGGCUGAUGUUCACUAUGGCGGUGUUCCUACCGAGGAUGCUGGUGCUUCACAGGGCGGGAGGUGGUUGGUGGUGGAUGAUACGGGUGGCUUGCUGGUGGCAUCUUUGGCUGAGAGGAUGGACAUUCUGCAUCCCAAGCCUGAGGAGGAGAACACGGAAGAUCCCGCUGCACCAGAAGUCACAGAAACCAACACUGCCCCUACAGACGAAAUGGAUCAAGACCAGCCCCAGACAACAGAAGCAGCAGACCCCGAACAAAAGCAGGAGAAGAAGCGAUCUUCUAAGCGAAGCGACUUCAAUGUCCCCUACGUCAACAAGAACACCCUUACCCUGAUCCACGGCCAGACCCAGCCCAACCUCGCCCUUCUACGAUACUUCAACUACGACGCCGCAAACGCCAACCCCUCUCCACCCUACCACCCCCUCGACACCAACCUCAUGGAUAUUUCAUGGCUGCAGCUGCUUUCCCCCGAGGAAGACGAGGCAUACAACAACAAGCCACCCGAAGCAACACCAGAGGAAAUUGCGACAUGGAAGACGAAUCGUAGAGGGAAUUAUCACCGCAAGAGAAGAAGGUGGGCCCGUAUUCGGCAUGUGGUCGACACAACACGCGCUGGAGGGUUUUCAGGUCUCGCAGUUGCAAGCACCAUGGAUCCCAUCUCUAUUGUUCGCAGUACAGUUCCUUUACUAGCCGGUGGCGCCCCCAUCGCGAUUUACUCUCCCACCAUCGAGCCCCUGACGCAACUAGCCGAUUGCUUCAGUGUGGCGCGUCGAGCCGCAUGGGUAUCAUCGCCUCCAGCAGAGGUUGAAAGCAAAACAGCUGAAGAGCUUGAGCGCUGGGAGGGCAGCGAAGAGUUCCCCAUCAACCCUACGCUUCUGCUCGGAGUGACUAUCCAGACUAGCAGGGCACGACGAUGGCAGGUUCUUCCCGGAAGGACACAUCCUUUCAUGAUGGGUCGUGGAGGUGCAGAUGGAUUCUUAUUGACAGCGUGGAGGGCGGUGCCUGUUGAAGGUAAAAUCGAGGCGAGAGGAAGGUUCAAGAGGAGAAAGCUAGAAACCUGA